AAGAAACCCGCAAAAAAGAUGACAGCAAGUAGCAGAGACAAGAAGUUUGGUGUACCAAAGGAAGGGUGUGAAAGAAGCACAUGGGAGGAAAAAACUGGAUGUCUAUCCAACCUGUCUGUUUCAGUAUUAGCAAAACAACAUCCCUUAAAAUACCCACAGUAUCCAUGCUCUGUCAAAUUACACUUCAACCACAAUCAUCCACUGCACUCAGGACAUGCAUUAAAUUUUCGACCAGUGUCAAAAGAAACCGAAGAUGAAUACAUACGGCUAUUUGAGAAUGGAAAUUCUGCAUCCAGUUCAAGGCAUGAGCAUGUGAGAUAUCUACAAUUGGAACAUGAUGGAAAGCCAGAUAUCCAAAGACUAUUAGCUGAUCGAUCCACAAAUCCUAAUGUUCAAGUUGUCCAAAGGUUGUUUCGAAACUGGAGAGAAUCUACAGUGGGACCUGAGAAUGGCAAGGCCAUGCUUGAGAGGUUAGACCAUGAGGUAAACAGGUACAACAAGACUGUUGCUGCUGAUGGUGGACAAGCAUAUAUACAGAGGUACACUGCCACUCUGAAACAAAGAUAGAAUGGAGACAGCGAACUGCAAGAACAUGCAUAUUCCAAGUCAAAGGUGGACCAGCAGCAACUUGAGAAACCAUUUAUACUUGCCAUCGUUACACCUCUUAUGGCAAGAGCGCACAAGCUUGUCCUACAAGCAGGAGAAAUGGUCUUCUGCAAUGCUACUGCAAGUCUGGAUAGGCUAAAUACCCCUGUUUUUAUUAUAAGUGCAGCAACUGCUGCUGGAGCUGUACCAUUAGCUGCAGUGAUGACUUCAGGAGGAGAUGUAGAAACUUUAGCACAGGCUUUUGAAACUCUCAAAACAGUUUUGCCAUCAGACACAUUCUUUAGUCGAGGAGUAAAAAUAGGGCCCAUGGGAUUUAUGACUGAUGACUCAACAAGUGAGCGACAGGCCUUGAAAACAACAUGGCCUCAAGCUACACUGUUUUGUGUGCCUUUCAUUUUUUGCAAAGCACUUGGCAGUGGCUAUGGAAUUCAUCGUCAGGCAUUGCCGGUAAGGACAGACUAUUGUUUAUGAGCAUGCUAAAGGAGCUGCUAUUUGCAGAUUCUUUUGAAAAGUUGCUUGCUGCUAAACAAAGAAUUGACAGUAAUGUAAAAGUUCAGCAAAACGUUAAGUUUCGAAACAGGUUGCAGUCCUAUUGGGAAAGGCGAGAAGAAUGGUGUGUUAACCUUAGAAAAGAUUUUAUAACUCGAGGAAACAACACAAAUAACUACUCUGAGGCAGCAAUUCGCAUUACUAAAGAUAUAGUAUUUGAUCGACUGAAGGCCUACAACAGUAUCCAGAUGUUCCAAUUUGUUACAACAACAAUGGAUCUCUACUGCAAACAGCGUUUGCUUUCUCUGGCUAACAAUCGUCUUGAUAACUUCGUUGCUCUUCGAUUUACCAUUUCAGGUAGUACAGCAGAUACAGUUUCAUCUCAUAGCAUCCAAGCCACUGACUCAGAUGACGUAUUUCACGUUCAAAGUAGGACAGACAAUCAACAAACAUGGAGAGUGGAUUUGACUGUAGGAACUUGCACCUGUCCAAGAGGAAGAAACGGUCAGCCACGUGGACAUCAGCUGGCAGCUUCAUUAAAAUACAAACGUCACUCUUUAAACAAAAUACCAACAUCAUCAGUAUGUGCCGCCAACUGUAUGCCAAAAUAGCAAUCGGAGAGGCAGCACUACCAGUUGCAUUCUACAGCUAUCUGCACCAGGAAAAAGAAGAUACCUAUGUGAAAAAUCUAGGGAUGCAACCAGAGUGGAGUAAAAGAACCGAACCAUUUCCAAGCUCUCAACACACAGAAAUUGAAGACCAAAAAACAACUAUUGACUAUGAACCUGCAUCACUAGAAUCUGAUCAUGCAAGUGAAGACCCACAACAGCAUCAGAGACACACCACCUCUAGCAAUUUUGAAGACACUCUAACAGAUUUGACAUACGUCAUGGCAGACAUUAAGAAAGGAUUGGCAAGUAGGGACACUGUAUUUACAACAGCUAUACGAGAAUUUUGCAGCCAGUACAAGAAAAUUAGAGGUGCUGAUGGCAAAGAG